AUGGUCUUUUUCAUCCUCACUGUAAAACUCAUACUCCCCAUCCUCUCCAACAGUGCCAUACCAGAUGCCAAAGCCAUGUGUGAUAUCGUACCAGCAGCGGACUGUCCUGGAACCUUUGAGAAGGUAGAGCUCCACGACCUUUCGUACCCUUUCGGCUCGGAGGCGCAUUUUGAGUUCUUGCUCCUCCUUGAUAAAGGCAAAUCAGACCUAAUCGCGAAGUUGUUGGUUUGUAUCCAAGCUGUAUGGCUUGGAGUCCAAUCUACAGCUAGGUUGGGCGUUGGGUUACCCGUUACACUACUCGAGAUCCACAUCUUGAUGCACGUACCAUGUACGCUUGUCAUGUACGCAUGCUGGAUGAAAAAGCCUUUAGACGUCGCCGAACAGGUAGCUGUCACGACAGACAUUGAACUGGCCAGCCUAAUUUCGGUCAAUUAUGCUAAGCUACACCUCUCUUCAAAGCUUCAUAUCGAAUACGCCAGCUUGCCUGCGCAUCAUACAGAUCCGGUGCCCCCGGAGGUCGACGAUGGUGGAGAACAAACGGAAAGGUCGGCCGAGCCCCAGGCAUCUAGUAUUAAUAGUGAGAGCGAGAGAAUACCGCAAUCCUCCUCUCCCGCCAUACCGGAUACCAAUUUUAUCUUCAUCCCCGAGGAAAGGAGUGUCUUCUCCCUUGGCGGCACGCCUAAUACCCAUGAUAUUCUUCCCCGAGGCUCUAUCAUAUUCCAUCGAGGCUCGGUCGAGCCUAGUGGUGCGUCGGUUACACCCCAUAUCCAAGUUGCGCAAUGA